CCAGCUCCGCUAAGCCCGGCCCCCUCCGGCAAGACUCGACUCGCUGCCCUGCGAUUCGGAACUCCUGCAUGUGGGAGGGGCUAGGGCCCCCAGAUACCGCCUCCUCAUGAAUAAUGCAGACUUCAGGCGGUGUCCCGGACCCGGAAGUGGAGUUGCCGAGUCACCGCAGUGGCUGAGCUGCUGACAGGAGGCGGCGGCGGAGGAGGAGGCGAGGCAAGACCUGCGGCUCUGCCGGGCCACAGUCGCUGUAGUGCUAGGCGAGUCGACGGAGCCACGCCGGCCUCAGCCCGCCUGCAAACCUCCCGCCCCGCGCUCACCCCUCCAUCUGCCCGACUCAUCCGGGGCGGCCUAGUCUGCACCACCCACCAGGCUCCUUGGGGCCGUCGCCCCGCGCGGUCCCGUCGGCGUCCCCGGCCGCGCCCGGCCCCUGGCCCGCUCGCCCACCGGCACCAUGAUGGAGGAGAUCGACCGGUUCCAGGUGCCCACCGCGCACUCGGAGAUGCAGCCGCUGGACCCAGCCGCCGCCUCCAUCUCAGACGGAGACUGUGACGCCCGGGGGGAGGGUGAGUCAGUAGCCAUGAAUUACAAACCAUCCCCGCUCCAAGUAAAGCUGGAGAAGCAGCGGGAGCUAGCCCGGAAGGGCUCCCUGAAGAACGGCAGCAUGGGUAGCCCAGUCAACCAGCAACCCAAGAAGAACAAUGUCAUGGCCCGGACAAGGCUGGUCGUCCCCAAUAAAGGCUACUCCUCGCUUGACCAGAGCCCAGAUGAGAAGCCACUGGUAGCCCUUGACACGGACAGUGAUGAUGACUUUGACAUGUCCAGAUAUUCCUCCUCUGGCUACUCCUCUGCUGAGAUCAACCAAGAUUUGAACAUCCAGCUGCUGAAGGAUGGCUACCGGUUAGACGAGAUCCCCGACGACGAGGACCUGGACCUCAUCCCCCCCAAGUCCGUGAACCCCACCUGCAUGUGCUGCCAGGCCACGUCCUCCACCGCCUGCCACAUUCAGUAGCGGGCGGGGCCGCUGCGGCCACCCGGGGUGGGGCCACCAGGGGCCAAGUGAGACCGGGCAGGGGCCACCCCCUCCCCAGCUCGUCCGCCUGCCCCCGGCCCCCAUGCCCCCUACAGCCGCCAACCUCGUAACAGUCAUUGCUUCCUCCUAUGGUAGGACGUGUACCUCUGUGUGUUCAUGGAGCCGGAGAAACCAAAACCAGGUCUCUCUCCACCCUGGCAGGGGGGGGAGGGGAGGGGCUGAGGAGGGGAGGGGGCUGUUUGAUCAGUUACAUGAAGACUUGGCCCGGGACCCUGCCCCCUCCCCAAAGAUGCAGCCCGGUGGGGGAAGGGGUGACCGGACUGCAAGGAGGCCAACGGCAGUGUGUGUGUGGGGGGGAAUCACAAAGCCAGGGGUGUGGCCCCACCCCAGCGAAGCCAUGAGCCCCCAGCCCCAGCCAUGGAAAGGGACUGGGAGGGAGAAUGGCCCAGGGCAGUAGGGGCGGGGCCUAGCCUCUCAGAGCCCCACCCCGAGCCCCCCCUGCUGGCCCCUGUACCAUUUGCAUUUCUCCCCUCAGCUCCAGAUGGGAAACCUGGCAAAGCUGCCCAGUGGGAUAUUGCCCUCUGGCCAUGGGAUCACUGCCUUCUUCCUCCUCUUCCCCCCAUUCACCCCCUUCCUUGCUCUCUGGGUUGUGUGGAGGGUGAGGUGGGCCUUAGAGACAGCCAGGGUCCGGGUGGUAUGACCUGUCUUUACCUGGCCCUAACGAUUGCAUCUAUCUGUGCACCCCCACCCCCCCUUCCAUGCACACUUCUGUUGUGUUCAUUGGUCUCUGUCCUGGGCUGGGAGCAGGCGGUAAGGCUGGCCUCGGAUACCCCAUUUCCCUCUCACUCUAGCCCUAGAUCCCGGAGGCUGCUUCACAGGAAGAAUCUUUAAGGAAGCAAGCUUAGGAGGAUAGCGUGGCUGCACGUGUAUGGUGGGGACAGCUGCGCAGAAUGUAUGCAUGCCUGGGGCUGUCAGGGUGUGUGUCUGCAUCUCUGUGUUGGGCCUGUCUCUCCAGAUGUCUGUGGGGUCCAUGGUGGGACAGUGACUGUGUGGCCUGUUGAACAGCGUGAGAGGCUACUCAGCAGUGCUGUGGAUUGAGAGUCCUGGAUGGGGGUCUGGAGCCUGGGUUCUGGUCCCGCCUGUGGCACUCUCCGUUAUCUCUGCCUAGCCACUUACAUUCUCUGACCUUCACUUUUUGCCACUGUACAAUGAGCAGCAUCUGAAAUUAUUUUCAAGGCCCUUUCAAACCUGAAGGAAUUUCUCCAUAAGGAUUUCCUUGGAGGCAGAUAGAGAGGUCUCUGUGUGUCUUUGCGUAGUAGAGCUGGGGGCUUCCUGAGUUGCAUGUCUGUGUAGAAAGGAGAGGAUGAAGCUCCUCUGGAACCCUGUGUGUGUCUGAACACCUGCAGAUCUAUUUGGGAAUGUGUGUGUCUCUGUCUGUCUGUGUCUGUGAAUGUGUACAUGGGUAUCUGUUGUGUGUGUAACUGUAUGAGGUGUCUGUGAGUCAGAAGAUAUGUACUGCUGCUUCUCCGCUGUUGUUGGUUGGUGGCAGGGGCGGGGGUGGUUGCCAGAAAAGCUGAGGAUGAAAAUCAAGAGGGAGGAGGUGACAAUAUAGACCCGCCUGGGCAAUAUAGACCUGCCCUGUGUGAAGAAAAAUGGAAGCACAGAUAGCCAACACCUGGUCAGGUCUGUACCCCACGAACCCCAGACCCCAGGGCCCUUCCUCCAUGCUGAGCAAAUCCACUACAACCUAUACACUCAAAUGCUGCAAGCAUGCGCAGGACACACCCGCAGCCCACUCUCCAGCUACCAGUCCUGCCUGGGGAGUUGGAGGGGGAGGGGGCAGUGAGAAGAGAGAGAGUGGGGCCGCUGGCUUAGGAAGGGAAGGACCUCUCCUGGACAACACCCAGGGGCUACCAGUUCCAAAAUGCUGAGGUGCAGCUCUACCCCCUCCAUCCCUCUAACCCACCCCCAUCUCCUUUAGUGCAGGGACCCUGAUUUACAUGAUGGGAAGAUGCCAGAGGGAGGGAAGGGUAGAGAAGGCACCCACGGAGCCCACAAGGCCCAUACUGGCCCCAUCUGGGCCCAUCUCUCCCACCCUAGUCAGGGUACCCACUCUGUCAUCUGGGCCCCAGAACCAAGCUUCCUGCUACUGCCACCACCACCCCAGGCUCCUUGACUCACCCUUCAAGAACAUGGGUACCUUCUCUUUUCUGGGCAGCGUCCCCACCAAGGCUUCUCUAGACUGCUGCCUUUGCUGCCAACAUGCUGUGUGACUCUGGCCCACUGCGCAACCUCUCUGGCCCUAAGGAACAAGGGAAAGGCUCCCCCACCCCCACCCCACAAGAUAACACCUAGUUCUCUGGCAGGCAGGGGCUUCCGACUGAGGCAGUGUGAUGGAAAGAGGCAGGAAGCUGGCAGGCAGCACCUUCGGGGUCUAUGGAGAGAUCGUGGUUCCCUCCUCCCCUAAUUGGGAGGUUGGAGGAGAGGAAUUGAGGCCUUAGCUUGCCCCCUGCCCCCUUCCCUGUGUAGAUACUGCCUUAACACUCCCUCUCCCCUCAGCCCUGGCUGCCACCUAGCCGGGUUUCUCCGCGCUCACUAAUUUAUUUCCAGGAAGGUGUGUGGAAGACAUGAGCCGUGUAUAAUAUUUUUUUUAACAUUUCCAUCGCAGUAUUGACCAUCAUCCUUGGUUGUGUAUCGUGUAACACAAAUAAUGAUAUUAAAGGCAUCAAACAA